GGGGAAGAUGAUAGAAAAGAAGGGUAGAUGCAUGUUGUCCGAGGAGAAGUUGGUCAAUUGGAUCAACAAAAAUGUGCAUGGAAUGGGAUGGAGCAUGAGAAAAGAAGAGGCGGAGAGGGGGGUGCGUUGGGGACUGGGAACAGCAGUACCAACGCCCAACCACACCAACGCUGUCGUUUUAGAACAGCGGCUUGUGUUCUUUUACCGAGGCGGAGAGAGAAGUGGCCGCCUCGGGUCUUGUCACCGAGCUCGCAUAGGGGAUCUCCAAUGGCUUCCAUUUGUUUGUAUUCCACCUCAGUUCGAAGUGAUCAUCUGCUGAUAAAUAAAUAAUAAAAGAGACAUCUUUUUUCCUUUCUUUUGUUUUGUUUUGUUUUGGGUUUGAUUGCUGCUGCUGCUGGUUAUUGCUGGUGUGAUUGGUGGUAGGGCAGUGGAGGUGAUGGGAAGUAAUGGAGGGCAAUAAUAAUAAUAAACCUCUUGGUUGCGCCAUUGAAGGCAGGCUUGGCCAUCCUCCCCUGCUUCUCCUUUGGCAACAACACAGCCAGAGCUCCUCCAGGGGGCCAGCGCAGGUCGACGUCUCCUUUUCCCUGCUCAUCUCCCCGUCUCCCCCAUCCCCUGCUUUCCGCUCCGCCUCUCCACUCUCCUGUCGUAUCACUCUCCUGUAGCUCAUGGCGAACGUGAUGGGGCGAGUUACUGCUGCUCGAGCGCACUGACACACCACUCCUACUCUUCCUAAUCCGCAUUGAAGGCCGGUCAUCUGCUGCGAAGAGGAGCCUAGGGAGCAUUAUGGUGGGGUAUUCAAGCAGCAUGCCGGGCUGGCUUGAGGCGAUGCUGGGGGAGAAGUUCUUCAACCCUUGCAUGAUCCACGAGACGUCGAAGAAGAACGAGAAGAACAUCUUUUGCCUCGACUGCUGUUCUAGCUUCUGCCCUCAGUGCCUUCCUCCUCACCGCUCCCACCGCCUCCUCCAGGUUCGCAGGUAUGUGUACCACGACGUAGUGCGAGUUGACGAUUUGGAGAAAUUGAUCGACUGUUCUUCCGUCCAGUCGUACACCACCAACAGCGCGAAGGUGGUGUUCCUGAACGAGCGGCCGCCGAGCCGCCCGUUCCGGGGCUCCGGAAACGCCUGCCUCUCCUGCUACCGCCCGCUCCAAGACCCCUACUUCUUCUGCUCCCUCUCCUGCAAGGUGAAGGAGCUGCUGCGGAGCGAGGGCGGGCUGUGGAAGGAGCUGCGUGAGUGCGAGUCCCUGCCGCUAUCGUGCGAGCUGGACGAGGGGCAGCUGACGCCCGACUCCAUCCUCGAGUCCGCCUCCGCGACCUCCUCGGCUUCCAGUGGCGGAGGGGCGGCGGCGGCGACGCCGGUCGCCGCGGGGUCCGAGGCCGCGUCCCGGAGGAAGAAGCGGACCGGCGCCGGCUCCGGCUCCGGCCGCCGCGGUGGGGACCGGGCGGCCUUGCCGGAGAUGGCGAGCCGUCGGAAGAAAGGGGUGCCCGUCCGAGCUCCGUUGUUCUAAUUUCCAAACAAGGGGGGAAAUUGCGGAAGUAAGGUGAAAUCUUUGACCCGAUUUUGUAAACCAAUCCAUGGGUCAAAUUCAUGUUCGACUUCGGAGCCAAUAUCUCUCGUCUCUCUCACUCACUCUCUCUCUCUCUCUCUCCUCGGGUUUUGUUUGCAUUUGCAUCGUUGAAAUCAAAAGGACUUGUGCGUUUCUUGUUUUA